CCGUUCUCUUUUUCCUUCUUUCAUCUUGUCAAUAAACAGCUGCGAUGGAGAAGUCCAGCCUCCCCAUCGCCGAAGAGCCACGCGCUCCAGUUACUAGCAGCAGUUGGAAGCAGAGAGGCUUGAGAGCUGGCCUCCUCACGCUCAUCGGCGGCCUCGCCUUUUACAAUGGACUAAGCGGAGAUACUGUGCAUCACAUCGGCAGCAUUGUGCGUGGGGGCCACAAGCACGACGGCAGUUCCACCAAGCACCAAUGCAAUCAAGUCCCGGCCUUAUGGCCAUCUCAGGACGCGAAGCUGCAACACGCCUACGAUUUCCUCUUCACACCACAAUUCGAGAACGCUUCCAUCGCUCGCUUGUCUGGCGCUGUGCAGGUCAGGACGGAGUCCUUCGAUGAUCUGGGCAAGAUUGGAGAGGACAAGAGGUGGGAUGUGUUCUAUCCCUUCCACGACUACCUCGAGGCUACAUUCCCUCGCAUCCACAAAGAGCUCAAGGUGGAGAAGGUAAACACGCACGGGCUGGUGUACACAUGGCAGGGAAGCGAUGCGAGCAAGAAGCCUGUAGUGCUUAUGGCUCACCAGGAUGUGGUGCCUGUGGACCCAGACACAGUUGACUCGUGGACGCAUCCUCCAUGGAGCGGAUACUAUGAUGGCGAGCAGAUUUGGGGUCGCGGCGCGAGUGAUUGCAAGAAUCAGCUCAUCGGUACUCUCGAAACGCUUGAAGUGCUUCUCGAAGCUGGGUAUGAGCCGAAGCGAACCAUCGUGCUGUCUUUUGGCUUCGAUGAAGAAAGCUCUGGCCGUGAAGGUGCUGGUCACCUUGCGCCAUUCCUGUUGGAGCGCUAUGGAAAGGACGGCGUGGCAGCUCUUGUCGACGAAGGUAUGGGAUACACAGAAGCCUUUGGGCGUGGUUUUGCUGUUCCGGGCGUGGCAGAGAAGGGCUACACAGAUGUUGACAUUACUGUUCGCACUCCUGGAGGUCACAGCUCUGUUCCCCGAGACCACACAAGCAUUGGCAUUCUCAGUGAGAUCAUCACUUUGAUUGAGAGCCAGCAGUAUCCGACUUAUCUUGAUGGCGAGAACCCCUUCCUCGGUCUGCUGCAGUGCUCUGCUCAGCAUGCGCCCGACUUUCCAAAGAAGCUCAAGAAGCUGUUAGGCUCGCAUAGCACUGGCGGCAAGCAGGCUUGUUCUAAGAAGCACCACGACAAACUUGCCAUCGAAGUUGCCAAAGUCAACCCGCUGGCCAAGUACUUAAUGCAGACUUCUCAAGCUGUGGACUUGAUUCACGGAGGCACAAAGACCAACGCUCUGCCUGAGACUGCAGUCGCGACUGUCAAUCACCGCAUCAAUAUUGGGGACCAGCCAGAGACCAUCUUCAAUCACCUUGCUCAGAUAUUGAAGCCGGUUGCCAAGAAGUACAAUUUGACGCUGCAUGCUUUCGAUGGCGAGGCAGCGGCCUAUAACUCUAUUUCUCUCGGUCCGCGACAUACAGUUCUUAGACCUGCACCUGUCACUCCGACCAACACUGAUUCUGUCACGCCAUAUGCAGUGCUAUCUGGCACGAUCCGCGCAUUGCACGGAGAAGACACUAUCGUCGCGCCUGCUAUCAUGACUGGUAACACGGAUACACGAUACUAUUGGAACUUGACUAGGCACAUCUUUAGAUUCGGUCCCGGCUACAUCAAGGAGACGGCAUCUGAUCUCGGCAACAUCCACACCGUGGACGAAAGUAUUGCUGUGACGAACCAUCUUAAGGUUGUAAGGUGGUUUACCCUGUUCUUGAGGAACAUUGACGAAGCUCAGUUUGCGGACGAGUGAUUUCCGUCCCAUCUGAGACACCACGCUAUCGGCACGCGUCAUUCGUUCCCUCCGGAGAAGCACGAACCCAGGUCUGGAUCAUGAGGCUGAGCACGUGAGCAGUACCAUGGUAAUGCGAACAGAAGAGUUCGGUAUCGCCGUUCUGGCCUCAAGACUUUGGCACACCAAGCUCGGCGCCAUCAGUAGCGCAUGUGAUAGACAGAAUCAUAUAGUCGUCAAUGGCGACCCGAACGCCAUUCUGUCGUUCGCACUGCCACUCCUUCCACCUUACCUCCACCAUGUCCUC